UGAUAUCAAAGCCAUCUUUAUCCAAUUAGAUUGUGUUUAACCAGUUUGAUCUUUGCCUUAUGGUCCCAUCAUGGCGUCAGGCAUGACCUUAGAGUAACCAUUUUUCUUCUCGGUCGUGAAAGUCAACACGCUAACUUGGACACUUGGAAAUACUACGUGUACCAUUAUAUGCCUAAUCAUUUUAAAUUUAAAAUGAUAUAAAUACAUAAUUCUCACAAAUAUGAAGACAUUUGGUUGGAAGAGAGAUACUAGUUUUCCUUUUGGAUUAACAAACUAAUUGAGAAGACAAAAAGAUGGAAGGAGAUUCAGUGAAGUUACUAGGAUUUUGGGGUAGUCCAGCUGUUCUAAGAGUGAAGUGGGCACUAGCAGUUAAAGGAAUAGAGUGCCAAUAUGUGGAAGAAGAUCUCAGCAACAAGAGUGACAUGCUCCUUAAAUACAACCCUGUCCACAAAAAAGUACCUGUUCUUGUGCACCAGGGUAAGCCCCUUGCUGAAUCACUGCUCAUUCUUGAGUAUAUUGAUGAGACUUGGAAGCAAAACCCUCUUCUUCCACAUUCUCCUUAUGAAAGGGCCCAAGCAAGAUUCUGGUCUAAAUUCGUUGAUGACAAGUGUAUGCCAACGGUUGUGGCAGCGUUUUCCAAGGUAGGAGAAGAGCAACAGAAGGCAGCAGAAGAAGCUCGAGAGAAUCUGAAGAGGCUUGAGGUUGGACUUGAGGGAAAACAGUUCUUUGGAGGUGAUAACAUUGGCUUUGCGGAUAUUGCUAUUGGGUGGCUUCCAUACUGGAUUGAAAUAGCGGAGGAAGUUGUGGCCAUCAACCUUAUUGAUGCAGGGUCAAUGCCUAAACUUAACUCAUGGUUCCAUGCUUUUAUUGACAUUCCAAUUAUCAAAGAACUCUUGCCUCCUCGUCACAAAUUGCUCCAUCACACCAAGGCAUUCCUUCAAGCGUAAAAUUAAAGCUAGAACAACUAAGAAUUAAAGAAGAAUGUAAUAAUAAAAAAAAAAAGAAAAUUAAGGAAGAGAGGUGAUUGUGAUUGUACUGAAAUUGAGAAGAAUGU